GGAUUAAGAAACGGGGAUAAAGUGGAGCGAGAGCGAGCGAGAGACAAGGCAGAGAGGGGCCGUUGGAGAAGCAUCGGGCCGCUGUUGUUGUUGGUGAAGAGGGAGGAGAAGCUUCGAUCUGUCUGUCCCUUUGCAUCGCUUCGCGGCGGGUUUCUAACUUCGAUGGAAUCGGAUUGAGGACCGGAAUCGAGAAACCGAGCGAGAAUCUUCGUUUCUUGUGGUCGGCGUUGGAUUCGAGAGAGCGUCUUUGGCAUAUCUACAGUGGAUAUCACAAAGUGGCAAACAGAAGGAUUCUAAAAAUCUCUUCUCGUAGGCUUGGGUCAUCCAUAGUGGCGAGACGAGGUUUGUACGAAGAAGAUCUAGCCGUCUGAUCAUGGAUGAAUCAAAGGACAGGGAGGGAUCGCGAGGUUUGAUGCGUGGAAGAAGCAUGGCUAAUCGGUCCUCGCCUGCAGCGCGACAGCAGCCAAUGGGCUCUUCUUCUCCAACCGUUUCAAAUGAUUACGGUGAUUGCAGUUUGGGAGAUGGAGUGGAUGGUAGUGUGCCUAUGGAUAGGCGGAAGAAGGAAAUGGUUAGUGCUUCCAGGUGGAAAGCAAGCAAUAAGGAUGCCUCUGGCGACACAGGCAGCAGUGAGUCUGAAGAAGUGGGUCUAGGUUCUUUCCAACCAAUGCUUAAUACCAUUUCUAUCACUAGUCUACCUAGUAGACAGAAAGAAAGGCUGCGUGGAAAGGUUGCUGAGGAGAAUGAUGCUGUUGAUCUUGCCCUUGUUCCAAGGAAACUGAGAUCGGCUAUGAAUAAACGCAGCAGAGGGCCCUUAUCUCUCACGAUACCAAAUGCUAAGAAGAAACACUAUCGAACUUCUAAUAGACUUCAGGGGUUACCAAACAGUGGCGGAAGGGAAGGGAAGCAGAAUGGGCUGCUUGAAGCAUUUACAAAGGAUGAAGAGCUUGUUAUUGAGGCUUUGUGUGAACUAUCCAGAAUGCUACCGAUAGGUGAGCAAAUUGCAUAUAAGGAAGACAGUAAAGCACUGGAUAGACACCAGGUUUACUUGGCUAAUUGUUCAAAAGGUUCGAAAGUGGAUAAAAAUCUUUUGCAUCAAUCCCUGCCCAAUGAAAAUACCUCUUCUUGCAUGGAGAAACCAUUAGAAGAUGCAAAAAAUGAAGUGCAUGCUCCUGAGCAGUCCAUGGAAGUUGGCCAAAGAGAAACUGUUGAUUCUGAUUUGAAUAUAACUCCUGAACUCAUUUUGACUGAAAAUGAACCGCCAGAAAAUACUCCUUCCACAGCAUUUAUGAAAUUUUCCAGCCAUCCAGGAGUCCUACUUCGUUGCUGUACUGAAGAUAGGGAUAGAGUAAUACAACCGGGUCAGGCUGAUGCUACUGAAACCCACUCUUCAUGCAAAUAUGAAGUGCAGCAAAAUGGAUGUGUCAAAUCUACUACCCUGAGAAAUGAAGUUCAGCAAGUUGAGUGUGACAAUGGAAGUAUUGUAAAGUGUGCGCAUGAUGUAGCAACUCCAUCAAACAUCCAGCAAUCAAGCAAUUCUACUGUCUGGCCUGGUCCUGUGAGUAGUAUCACUGGACUUUCUUCUAGAGUAAUUGAACUUCCAACUGAGAAGGUUCCUCUUACUGCAAUGUCGACGUGGAAGAAGUGUGCCAUUCAUGUAUUCAUAGGACAUAAUAUCAAAAGCUAUCAGGAUAAGGAGAGACAGCGGAAGCUUUUGUUGACUUGUGAUGAAUCUAAGCAAAGUGAGGAUACAAAAUCAUGUGGACCAGCAAACAAUGUGAGAGUUGGGUCACAAAGCGGAUUGAGUGGCAGGGCUUCUGCUUCUAUUUCCGUACUGGAGAGGAAUAAGCACGAAGAAAGAAAUGGAAUUUUCUGUAAUAGUAGCUUGAUGCAAACCCACCAAUAUUCUGGCGUAGUAGAUGCCAAGCAAAAACAGGCCUACGACUUUCUCUCAUUGUCAGCCGGUGGUGAUACUGUAAGUCCUGUCGAUGGAGCCAAGUCUGCCGCUCAGCUUCAUUCCCCCUAUUUGCAUACCCAUCCACAUCAUUCCCUUGUGCCAUUUCCUUUCCCUAAUUUUCCCUAUUCUCUACCUUACUCAGAAAAGCUAGUACCUGUAGCCGCUCAACAGGUGCAACUACAAGUACCGCAUUUUAUUGGAAAUCAAUUCUAUAGACACCAAAUAGACAACACCAUCAGCAAUAUACAGCUACAACAACAAUACCAGCAGCAACAGUUCUGGCAAGCUCAUUAUGCUAACUACUGCCCUCCUGCAGGUAUCGGAGUGCCACAGAAUGAGCGGCUACAUGACUCUUCUGCUCCUCCUGUCCAAAGUGCUCGGACUUCAAUUCUCUCUCCUCCCCUUUCUGUACAGAUGCAAGGCGGAUCCUAUCACCCAAUUUUGGUUCGUCAACAUCGGCAACUUAUUGCUAAUGCUUCCUCAUCAUCCGCAAAUGUAAAGUCUCACAAGAACUAGCAACUGGGAACCCAGCUGAGGAUUUACACCAUCGCUUGGCAGAAAAUUUGAAUUGAACAGGCUAGUGUUGCUGCAGUCGAUGGACUCCAGGGAAAAAAAAGAGACCAUAAUGCUCAUCGAAACCGUAAAGAGUUUUCGGUGCCGUAAAUGCUUCUGGUUAUAUUCUGGAUUAAGCAUAGUCAGCAAAUUCGGUCUAAUGUGAUGAUACCCUAGUUGUCCUUUGCGAAGCAUAGCUUUAUGGGAGCGAAGAGCUGUGUGUUGGAUACCCUGCACUGCAAUUUAGUUACAUUUGCACAACAUCUACAUUGUAUUCGUUUCCCCCAUUAGAGGUGGCAAAACGUUGCAAGAGGGAAAAACAAAAACAGAAGACCAAGUUCGGGUGAAUUGGCAGCAGCACGCUGUUGUGAUGUCACUAAAUUUCAUAUAUUUGUUAAAUAUGUUAAAAAAGAGUUUUGUGAUAUUUGCAGUGAUAUCAA